UUCGACCAUGGCCUGGAUGUAGGAAGGGGCUGAGAUCCAUUCACAGCACGGUAGGUCAGCACCACAGUCUUGAAGCAGAUUCAAGAUGCCACUGGUGUGAGAAUGUUCAUCACUACUCACGAGCUGAUGUGCACCUUGUAUGGUCCUCUGACUCUGUAUGAAUGGGUGAAUGACAUGUGUUGUAAAGGGCUUUGAGAGAUUGGAAAAGCAUUAUAAAAGCAGUUCAUUUCCAUUUAGCUUGUUAUUCUCUCAAAUACUUCUAAUUAUUUUAAAACAAUGACCAUAUAAUACAAUCUUGCCAAUUGUUGUGCCACCUUUUCCCAGAACCAGCAGUUACCCAGGGCCCUGAAGCUGCCUUUAGGAGCCACAAUAAGAAAGAUAAAGGUAAACCAAAAAUAUUGGGGAACUAAAGUGUCACAGCAGCAAAACAAAGUACAAGAACAAAAACAGAUGAACCAUUAGAACAAAUCAGUGGUACCCGACCACUUGGCUUGUGACAUUUUAAAAGGGAGCAUAGAAGCAAAGGUUUGAGUAAAUUCUUAAAGAGGAAUAAUUUGCAGCAGUAAUUAUUUGAUAUACUUUAUUUCUGUUAAUCAUCACAUGGCCCCUUAGAUUUGUCUUGAAAACCUUCAGGUUGGGAACCGCUGGCUCUGCGUUCUAUUGGUUUUGCUUUGUAUACAAAUAUUUUUAAUUUGUCCAACAUACACAUUUUAACAUUUCAAAACAUUUCUUAUAAAAAGAAUAAAGGGAUAAUGGUGAUAUAUGCACAUGGAGCAGUUGUGUUGUAUGUAUUAUUGUGAUACUAUCUCGUCAGUCAUCGAUCAUUUACUGUGUACUCAGAUCUUUGAAUAAAAGUGGUGUGGGCCUGACACGGGUUAAAAGAAAUUGUUUAAGUUAUUUUCCCUUUUAUACACUUUGUUUUCAUUUGAGCGAACCCACAGCAACUCCCAGAAAGGACCCGGCAAUGUUUGCUUGUUCUUUCUGUGUGAGCAACUCUCAGCGUCAGGGGUGGACGUGAUAUUUCAAACAGCACAUCAGUGCGUUUAUGUAUUGGGUGCCCGGAAAUUUUUCCAAAUAAACACAGCUUGAUUCGACUUGGGUGGGCAGACUUAUCAAGCGACUAAUUCUAUAAACAGAUGAGGGAAUAACCCGGCACCUCAUUGGUUGUUGGGCAGAGAGGGGGAACAUGAGGGAGUUCCAGCGCAAUGAAAUUUUAAUUAAUGUGGGUGGGCUGAGAACACCACCGACUGUUUAUGAUGGACAAUUUAUUUCCCAGUGCAAAGUCAACAUAACACAGCAAACGUACAACAAUUAUUAACAUUUUCUGGGGCCCUCAUGAGGCUGUGGAGUCAGUCAGUGGUGGAGAGGAGCUCCGGGAGCAAGCUCAACUUUCCCCGGGACACACUUCAUCUUCCCCGACGUCAUGACCCUCUACCACGGACGUUUGCCUCCUCUCGGAGUGCCAUCUUCGGCUCUGAGCCUCUCCGGUCCCCCGUUCAUCUACCUGUACGGAGGGGACAGCGGAGGGGUCGUGCCUGCUGCCUUGAGCUUCAUGCCGGCCCGCCAGGAGUCUCCCCAGAAGCCACCCUACAGCUACAUCGCGCUCAUCGCCAUGGCAAUCAAGAGCGCGCCGGAGCAGCGCGCAACGCUCAGCGGCAUCUACCAGUUCAUCAUGGACCGGUUCCCCUUUUAUCACGACAACAAGCAGGGCUGGCAGAACUCCAUCCGACACAACCUCUCCCUGAAUGACUGCUUCAUCAAGGUGCCCAGAGAGAAGGGCCGGCCCGGCAAAGGCAGUUACUGGGAACUUGACACCAAGUGCCUGGAUAUGUUUGAGAACGGCAACUACCGUCGGAGGAAGAGGAAGGCGAAGAGCCAGCAUGAUGCUCUGGAAUCCAAAGCCGGUGGACACAAGCGCACUAAGGGCCCGGGCGUAUCCAUGGACCUCCAAUCCUCUCUGAAGCACCAGACUGGCUUCGGGUUAGCAGAUGUACCAGCGAGGCAGGAUGCAGAGAUAAUGGAGACACAACCUGACACAAAAGCGGUUCUUGUCGAGUUGAACAACGCUGAACUUUCACAAAAUCCUCCUAUGAGACCUAAAGUGUCCACCAACAGAGACACUCUUGCGCCCACCUGGAGGAGGCAGGAAUCCCCCCAGCCUGAGACAUGUCCCGCUCCGAGACAUGCCUCGCUGUGGAUGGACGGCGCCCAUGUCCCAGGCUCGCCCCUCCGCCGGGAGCCAGAGGAGAGAGGGUUCAGCGAAAGAGAAAAAGAGAGAGGUCCGCUCUGCGCCGUUAGCUGCGCAGGAAACACAAACUUGAUUGCACUAGCGCAGGACAGGCCGAAAGGAAAUGUACCGAGCAGGGAUAAAUCGAAAGGUUUCAGCAUUGAGAGUAUUCUAUCUAAAAGUGAAGACGAAAUGCGCGGCAGCAUCCUCGGUUUGUCAGGGGAGACAUGCGCAGAGCGCAGAAGUCCCGCGUUCAGUUCUUCUGUUGUCCUCGGUGCUCGACCGCAUCAGCUGUACCAGAUGGGAUUCCCCUUCUGCUCUUACCUUUCACUCACCUACCCCGACAAAGUACUGCAUUUUAAAUAAGUUCAAUUAUGACUUUAGACUUAAAUGCAUUUUAAAACAGGGGCGCGUGAGAGUGUAAACUGCUUUGCACUGCUCUGCUUUUUCAGGAUCUCUGCCAUCCUCAUCAUCUACAGUAAUGUCCACACGACAAAGAGCAGCAAGGAGGUUUAUAGAUUAUUGUUUAUGCAUGCGUAAUUGUUUGUGUUAGUGUUGGUUAUUAUUACAAAAAUGUUUGCUCCCCAAAGUCUAAGACUGCGCAAUUUAAUGCUUAAUACAACACAAAGGUACAAGUAGCCUAUAUACGGAUGUUGUCAUUGUCAUGUGAAUAUUAAGGAGAGCUCAUAUAUACAGUAUUUCUCUCUUCAUUCAUGAUGAUUAAAACCGUUAGAGUAAAUAUGUUUUUCAGUAAUUCAGUAAAUAAUCUCGAAUGUCAUGACACAACACAACUCUAGAGAUACAGCGCAAUAUGAGAAUAAAGUUUAGUAUUCAAUGAUGUAGUCAAAUGCAACUCUGCGCUGAAUUCCAUUUGCAAAAUAAAGUUUAGUUUGGUUAUAAAAUGACUUAAAUAAUUUAUUAAAAAAUGUGAGUCAAGACAGUAAUACAGCCAUUUGCUAUAGAAGCUAUGUGUUGUUAUUUGUCACCUAAAGAUUUCCCUUUUUGUGAUUAACAGUUGUUGUUGUUUUUUUACAUAAUUAAAAGAAACAGAUAACAUACACAUUUCUGUGUUUUCUUUUCAAGCGUAUCAUGUUCAUUGAGGAUUGCCAGGCCUCAACUGUAGAGUACUGAGCUUUAUAUUCUGCAUAAAAUGUCACUAGCUGAAAGGUUUGAUCCCGAGUCCUGAAUCCAUUCUUUGUGUGCAGCUCUGGUGUCAUCCAGAGGAGGUCACAUGAUGGUUUAUGAAAUAGAAAAAAAGGCUACUUCCUCAACCCCUUGCAGUUUUCAGUGAUGUGGCUUCCUCUGGUACACACAGACAACUUAGUCUGAAACAGAACAGUGUUUGUUGAGCUGAGCUGUUUUUAUGGGAAUCAUUGAUAUCAUUUGUGAUCUAGAUCUGGUGACUUCACUGUAUAUAAAACCUCAUAUUAUGUUACUAAUAGUGAUACUACUUACAA